AAAAAAAAAACUCCCAUUGAAAAAUAUAUUUCUUGACCUCUUUCAUUUCACAUGGCUAUAUGUAUGGGUAGUUUUUCCUAAUCUCUCUAUUCUCUUUUUCUCUCAUUUAAUUGAUCUUUUACAAUUGUUAGUAAUAAUAAUAAAAAAAUAUUAACAUUUUUUAAGCAAAACAUAAUAUGUAUUGAUAACAAUAAAAAUAUGUACACAUUUAUUCAUUAUAAUGAAUAAUUUUUAGCAAAAAUUUAUAACCAAAAAACUAUUUGUAUUCUUUGUGUAACUCUUACAAUUAUUAACUAUUAAAACAAUUUUUAUUCUUCCAUUAAAAAAAAUUAUUUGUAUUCUUUACAUAACUCUUAUAUAUAUAGUGUGACAUACCUAAGUUUUGUGUCCAUUCAUAGUUUUAAAGUUUUUAUUAUAUUUCUUUUUCUUCUAAUUUUUGGUGUUCUAUUUUUAUAUAUUUACUUGGCACUAACAAUUACUCAUUUUUGAAGAUUUUUUUGUUAUUUUUUCUAAUUUUUUAUGUUCUAUAUUUUUCAGAUCGACAAUGGCUAUUCAAUGGCAUGUGCUCCAAUUGUUAUUUUGUUUCAAAGUUAUAAGGUAACUUUUUCCUUGCUUUGAAUUUUUUUUGCUAAAACUAUCUUUAUAUUGCAUAUGUAUUUAGAUUCAAUUUGAUUUCAUUAUGUUUCGUCUUUAUAUUUUAUUUCCAUCAUAUAUUUCACUUUUUGUACUAAUCUUUUUUUUCUUCUCUAUUCCACUCUCUCUUAUAAGCUUGAUUAUCACAAGUUUAUAUCAUCUAUUUUGAUCAUGACAAUGAUCUCAAUAAUUUUAACUUAAUCUUUUAAUUAGGUACAUACAUAUACACACACAUACACAUACAGUAUACAUAGCACAUAUAUAUAUUAUGUUUUAUAAUUUUAUACAGUUUUAGUGAAUAUUUCUUAUGUGUUCAUCUUGACUAUUUUUUAUGUGAGCUCGACUCUAUAACAUGCCUCUUUUGUGUUGUUAUUUGUAACUCUAUUUAUAUACAUAUUCUAUUAUUAUUGAUAGUCUUCAGGAGAGUCUCAAACAUGUAGGGGUGACAUUCUCAAAAUCCUUCAAAGCUAUAUAUUUAUUUUAGGAAAAUUUACAUUCCAGUACUUUAAUUUCAUUCUUUUUACAAAAAUAUGGUGCUGUCAUUUUUAUAUCAAAGUGUACCGUUUUGGGUACCGUUAUCAAAUUAAUUCACUUUUUUAAAAUUUUUUUUUAAAAAAAAACUGAAUGGGACGUGUGUGAUGUGUGAUGACGUCAUCACAUCACGUCCUUCACGUCUUCCAUUUUUUGCAGACUUCAACUGUUCACGCGCCUCUUUUUUUACAUUUGUAAUUCAAAUUAUGGACGGUUUUAAAGGUUUAUAAUCAUUAUUUUCUUUUAUUUUUAUAUUAUAUUUUACCAUUUUUAUGGUUUUUUAAGUGUUUGUAUAAAUAGGUAAAGUUUGUUUAUAAAUAUACAUUUUGAGUUUUAGUUGCUCUGUUUUCCUUUUGUGCACAAUAUAUGGGUUAGGGUUUCAUCUUCUUGGGGUGAUUUAUUUUCGUGUUAGUAAGAGUGUUUGAGUGCAUCAUUUUCGUUUAUUGCCUUGUUCUUAUCAUUUGUAAACCUAAAAAAUGGUUAAAACUCGUUCUUCAAUUUCUCCUUCGCAUUUUGUAAAGAUAGCUGCUGAUAAGAAGAAAAUGGAAAAUGUUUCUGAUGAUGGAGAUCGUGAUGAUUCUGAUCGUUCCGGUGGAUCUGGUGGAUCAUCUGAUGGUAGCCGUGGCUCGGCAUUGCAAACAAAGAGAAAAAGAGUUGUUGAGAAAGUGAAGAAGGAAGAUGUUCGAAAUGUGAAAAAGAUGAAGCAAGUUGCUGAAGAUUUGCCUGAGGAUUAUGAUAGUGAAGACUUGGAGGUUGAAGUUCGUAAUGAUUUGAAGGAAUGGGAUUUAUAUUUCAAGCCUGGUGAAAAGAUUCAGGGAAAAGUGAUGUUAUUCCCUAAUCAAGAUAACAUUGUUGUCAAAAAUAUUAAUUCCAAGUUGACUAAAGAUCAACGUAAGUUGUUUCGUGAUACUUGUUUUGGUUAUUUUUUAGAUAGCCAUCCUGUUGGUUUUCAGUCUCAACUAGUUCAUAAUGCCUUACAUAGGGAGGUAUAUCAGAAAAAUGAAAAAGAAAUGUGGUUUAAGUUUGGUGAUGAGAAUUUCAGAUUCAGUUUAGCUGAGUUUGCUGUUGUUUCUGGUUUACUGUGUGUUGGUGAUGCCGAUUUGAGUAAGUAUACACAAAGAGAAAAUGCUUUUGUUGAUCGAUAUUUUUGUGAUCAGACAGUGACUGUAAGUGCUGUUGAGCAUAGGUUUAUGUAUAGUGAUUUCAAGUCAGAUGAGUAUGCUGUGAAGAUGGUUGUUUUGUACCUUGUUACUAAUUGUUUGAUUAGUAGCGUUUACUCAAAAAAAGUUCCUGUUGAGAUUUUGAACAUAAUUGGGGUUGAUGAGUAUGGUAGUUUCCCAUGGGGUAUACCAGUGUUUGAAUUAACUUUGCACAAUUUAAAGAUUGGUCUGAGGGGUGUUAUGAAGGGAAAAGGUGUUUCUAAGCCUCUUGCUAAGGUUAAAAGGAAACAUUUGGAAAAGGGUCCUCGAUCUUAUAAACUUCCUGGUUUACCUUUUGCAUUCUUGGUUUGGUUGUAUGAAACCAUUCCUUUGUGCUUGAAGGCUCGGUUUUGUUCCUAUGAUUCUGGUAAACCAUAUAGGUUUUGUAGAUGGAAGAGUAUUGGAAAUCCAAAUUCAAGUGAAGUUGAGAAGAAAGUUCUAUCUUCAAAUAAGGUAUUUUAUAUACUUUGUAAAUUGUUUAUUUAUUGUUUUUAUUAUAUUUUGUAAA